UCAAGCAUGGGUGUGGAAGAUUGAAUGACUUUAUGAACAUGAUCCAUUUCAGCACCUAGCCGGAGAGCCACCGGUUCGAAAUCGUCUUGGAGCUGCUGGGGUAUCUUGCCGCAGCUCUCAGCGUCUUUCGGAAACACUGGUAGGAAAGCAAUGGCGGGCUUCUAUCGGACCUGCGCUCUGACGUUCCUUGUCUGCGCUGCCCAGACAGUACUGGCUCAAAGCAGCGACGGUACUGUUACCGUCCCGGAGGAUAUCAAGAGAGAGAUUGCCGGCAUGGCUGACGAUGUGCAGAAGCUGAUCAGCUAUUUGACGGCCGGGGCUGGCAAGCACCAAGUCUAUGAUCGACUGGCCACGUUCACAGAUACGUUUGGUAAUCGCCUGGCUGGCUCUCUCACUAUGCAGCAUGCCGUUGAGUACAUGAUUGGCACGAUGAAACAUGACGGACUGGAUAAUGUCCACGGGGAGCCCGCAAUGGUACCCAACUGGAUCCGAGGUCUGGAGUCAGCCACGCUCCUUGAACCCAGGGUUCAGAAUUUAGCCAUGCUGGGUCUAGGGCUAAGCGUUGGUACACCGCGAAAUGGACUCACUGCCGACGUGCUGGUGGUGAACUCGUUCGACGAGCUGCACAACCGCAGCAGCGAAGCCAAGGGUAAGAUAGUGGUCUUCAACCAAGACUGGGUCAGCUACGGCGUAUCAGUGCAGUACCGCGGAAACGGGGCGUCCGAAGCGGCCAAGGUCGGCGCCAUCGCGGCUCUGGUACGCUCCGUCACGCCUUUCUCCAUCAAUAGCCCACACACCGGUGCAAUGACCUAUCAGGAUGGUAUCGAGAAGAUACCCACGGCGUGUAUCACCGUCGAAGACGCGCAGAUGCUGGCCCGCAUGCAGGCAAGAGGCACGCGCAUCAGCAUUCGUCUGCACAUGGACGCUGCACUGGACGGCGAGGUGCAGUCCAUGAACACGGUGGCGGAGGUCAAGGGCACCACCCAUCCCGACGAGAUCGUCCUGGUUAGUGGGCACCUGGACAGCUGGGAUGUUGGUCAAGGUGCGAUGGACGACGGCGGCGGCGCAUUCAUUUCCUGGCAGGCGCUGUCGGCCGUGCGUGCUCUAGGAUUGCGUCCCAAACGCACAAUGCGCGCUGUCCUUUGGACGGGGGAAGAGUUCGGCGGCUUCGGAUCGGAUCGCUACUACAACGAUCACAAGAACGAUUCGAAUAACAUGGACAUUGUGAUGGAGUCCGAUAGCGGCGUCUUCCAGGCUACAGGACUGAGGUUUACUGGAUCUAAGGAGGCAAAGGCAAUCGUCACCGAAAUCAUGAAGUACAUGGCACCGUUCAACGCCAGCACUGUGUUUGACGGUGCGGACGGCACGGAUAUCGACUGGUGGUUCAAGAACGGUGUUCCCGGUGGAAGUCUGGACAACGAGAACGAGAAAUACUUCUACUUCCAUCACUCCAACGGCGACACCAUGACCGUACUGGACCCGGAUGAGAUGGACGUGUGUGCAGCACUCUGGGCCGUCGCCUCUUACUGUAUUGCCAAUCUGGACAGCAUGCUACCGAGAUGAACCACUACGAAACUACAUGUAAUGAAUGCAGCAACAACUAUUCCACGCCACGAUUACUAUCACCUCAAGAUGACAAUUGGCAUGUUCUGGCAAGAGUGCGAUCAACUACAAGAAUGAAUAAGCUCCAGCCUCUUGUUCACAAUCAUACCUUUUCACUCGCUUAUAGUCACACUCACGCUUACAUCGAUAGGACCAAAGAAGAUAUUCAUGCUGCUCA